UGAACCUAUGAGGGUCAAACAAUCACCUGGCAUUUCGCUGGACGGACCGUCGUUUAUUACAUGAGCCGUAAUUAUCACAGCAAUUGGAAUUACGCUAGGAUAUCAAGUGAAAUAAUAUCUACAACCAAAAAUGCCGUCACGCGUUGCUGUGGUCACAGGGAGCAAUAAAGGAAUCGGAUUUGCAAUAGUGAGGGCGCUGUGCAAAGAGUUUGAAGGUGAUGUGUAUCUCACAGCUAGAGAUGAAGAAAGGGGAAAGAAAGCUGUGGAGGAUUUAGAAAAAGAAGGUCUUCAUCCCAAAUUCCACCAGUUGGAUAUCACAAACCAAAAAAGUAUUGAUAAUCUACAGAAGUAUUUGAAAGAUAAAUAUGGAGGACUUGAUGUACUUGUCAACAAUGCAUCUAUAGCAUAUAAGGUAAAAGAUGUUGCUCCUUUUGCUGAACAAGCUAAGGUUUCAGUGGCUUGUAACUUCACAGGAACAUUAGAUGUAUGUAAAGCGUUAUUACCACUGAUCAAACCACAUGGCCGAGUUGUUAGUGUUGCAAGUCUUGCUGGAACAUGGGCUCUAGAAAAGAUGAGUCCAGAACGUGCUAGUAAAUUCAAAUCACCCAGUCUGACAGAAACUGAGCUUGUGUCUCUUCUUGAAGAUUUUGUGAACGCUGCCAGCGAUGGAACUCACACUGAGAAGGGUUAUCCUAACUCUGCAUAUGGUACAUCUAAAGCUGGUGUAAUUGUAUUGACUGGAAUGCAAGCACGUGAUUUAAAAAAUGACCCACGAGAAGACAUCCUUAUUAAUGCAUGUUGUCCUGGCUAUGUGAUGACUGACAUGUCAAGCCACCAAGGAACAAAGACUCCUGAUGAAGGAGCAGAGACUCCUGUGUAUCUUGCUUUACUACCACCAAAUGUCGGUCAACCACAAGGAGAAAUGUUGUCAGACAAGAAGAUUGUAAAAUGGAGAUGAAUACCGAAUAUACCUAGUUUAUUCAUAAUAUUACUACAUUUACUUACAACAUCAUGCCAUUGAUACUCACUAGAAAACUAGCCAUUCCAAGUUAUAAAUUAUAUUGAAAUUUUUGAUGUAAACAUAUCCAUUAAUCUUGUUUUAAUUUUACUUGCACAGUCUGUAGUCUUAAUGUGUAUUAAUAAAAUUGUAUUGCUUGUAACAAGUGAAGGCGCUAA